ACCACUUGACCUAUUGCGAUUUUGGUACUAUAAUAUCAACUGUGGUUUCAGGUUUCAGUGCUUAGGAGCUUUGCUUGCUUUUGCGCAAAAUAUGCACGUCUCAACAGGGCAUUCGAAUUCUAUUUUGCUUCCCGUUGCACAACAUUUUGGCAAUGGAAAAACCUUUGGAAAAACCCAACGUUUGACGGUGAAUUUAAUUAGUAUUUUCCAGUUUUGCUGCUUUUCAUUGCUACUCUUUGGUGGACAUAGUGAAACACUUCAAGAUAACGUGACCAGAGUAAUAUCGUCAAAAAAGCACCUCCCGCUCUGCGUAGACAAUCUACUAGAGCAACAAGAAUGGAACUAUUCAAAAUGGGAAAAAUUCUUCUCAAAUACUCCUCCUUCGUGUUCAAAAAUCUACCGGCAGAGUGCAUGCAAGCUGCUGCAGUACAACGCAGAACACACAGUACUUUGUCUAGAUGCCAUCAAUAACCAGCACUGCUAUCGAGAUUAUUGUAGAAUAAAAAAAAAAAACACAUAUAGAAGUGUUUCAAACGAGCUACACUUUGUUUUUAUGGGAGAUUCAAGAAUUCGACAGCAGUUUUUCAAUUUUUUAAAGGGUAUAUAGCGGUAUUCGCAUAUGGGAUUCAAGCAACCAAUUCGCCGUAGAAUACAUUCGUGGGUGUGCUGUUCAUUCGCAACGUGAAACUGUCGGAGACUUCUCACUUCAGUACACUACCUGUAAAGAUUUUAUACAUACUGGUUAUACAGCUCUAUCUUUGGCGACUCAACUUCUGUAUAAUGAUUUUUGUAACAUAAAAUUGUACGGUAGCAUAAGAAGUUCUAUUUAAAUACUUGAUAAUAAAACGGUGUAGGUAGUA